GUUCCGCUUUCUCUAAAAGGUCGAUCAAUGUCCUCCUUGUAUUUAAAAUCUGAUUACCGUACAUUGAUUCGCAUCCGUGCCUUUGCUUUUAGCAUUUGCCUAUCGCCGUUUGAUUAAUAAUUUCAAAGUUGUCUCCUAUGUAGUUUGUCUGGUCACCUUAUCUUAAACCCACGCUACUCUCCAAAUCACGUGACAGCUAGUUCGUACCUGCAGUAGUAUCGUGCUCCGUGCAGUCAGAUGCAGAACCUGAGUAGGGCAAGGUUCGAGGAGGCGUAAAGAAUAUUUCAAGAUCUAGAACUUCGCGAGUGAGCUCCGCAACAUGGCCAGCGUCACCUCCAUAUGUCACGUGAUACUUCUCGCAGGCAUAUUUACAAUAGCGGUGUCUACUGACAAAUCGAAUUCUUCCGUAGAAGAUGCUAUGACUUGGAAGAGGCGGGCCUACAACAAGCUGCUGCAGACUGAAGACAUUCAACCGAUCGUCAAACGAGCUCGAAACGUUAUCCUCUUUCUUGGCGAUGGGAUGGGCAUCUCUACUGUCACAGCAGCCCGGAUGUUAAACGGCGACGAGACAUCGCUUUUGUACUUCGAGAACUUUCCAAAUGUCGCCCUGUCUAAGGCUUGGCUUGAAAAGUUCUCCAUGACCAAGUAUCGGUUUUGUGCGGACUGUUUAGACUACUGUGCGGACUGCACGGUGACGGACUCGGCUGCCUCCUCCACGGCCUACCAGUGCGGGGCGAAGACUAACUCAGGCGUACUCGGGGUAGACGCACACGUGCAGCGUUCUAACUGCACGCAGUCACGUGCACCAGGUGUGGCCUUGACCUUCAUCCUGGACUGGUCUCUAAGCGAAGGUAAGUCGGUAGGCCUGGUGACCAAUACUCGUGUUACCCACGCCACCCCUGCGGGGGCCUACGCCAACACACCUGAGAGAGACUGGGAGGGAGACGUAGAUCUUACUCCCGACGCUGUGCAAGAGGGAUGCCGGGAUAUCGCUCGCCAGCUGGUGGAGGACUACCCGCAAGUGCAGGUAAUUAUGGGUGGCGGCCGACAAUACUUCUAACCUGCUGAUGAAAUUAUUCCGGGUACGGCUCAACUCAACUCUGAAAAGGGACGGCAAGAUGGAAGAAACCUAAUCAAGGAGUGGAGUCAGAACCAACAAGAUCUCAACCGAAAUUCAGCCUACGUUUGGAAUGCUGCUCAGCUUCGACAGUUGGACAUUGAACUCACACAUUCUAUUCUAGGAGGUAUGAUAGACCAGAGUCACCAUGACAACGUCGCCUACCACGCGCUCCACGACACCAUAGCUUUCGCCAACGCCAUCGAAGCCGCCGCCAGCCUGACGUCAGAGGAAGAAACACUGACUGUGAUCACGGCUGACCACUCACACACAAUGGUCAUCGCUGGCUACUCGUCCCGGGACAAUGGCAUUCUGAGUAAGAGGGCGAUUGACUUUUCUUGGUUCUUUGCUUUCAGAUGUGCAACAAUGAGAUCGUUGAUGCCGGAUGGACGGCCUUUUACUUCACUGCUGUAUGGCGACGGGCCUGGUUACAGACACAGUGCACAAAGAAAUGAAGUUACUAAUGAAGAGUCCAACAUGGCGAACUACACCCAGGAGGCCGCGGUCCCUAUAAGCACCUCCAGCCAUGGGGGGGAGGACGUGGCGAUCUACGCCAAGGGUCCGAUGUCUCACCUGUUCCGCGGCGUGCAGGAGCAGAACUACAUCGCCCACGUCAUGGCCUACGCCUCGUGUGUGGGGCAGUACAAACGGUCCGGCAAGUGCCCCCAGACUAGUUACGAUUACACCUGCGAUUGGUGUAGAAGCUCUGCCCUGGUGGUCAACACCCUCCUGCUCGUAGUCGGUGCGUUGGUUUCUAUGGUAACGCUGUAGGUACGAGUCACGCUGUGUCUGUGCCUCAGUUUAUCUUUUCCCAACACACUAUCACCUUCCGCACAUCAGAAAACUGUCCUUCACCUAUCCUUUUUACUAAUUACUACCUUCUUCACUAAUGUCCUUCUUCUUAUUAACUUACAUAUCUACAUUCUCGACAGAUUCUGUCAUACACUAACACAUCCUCCAUUAUUGCCCUUUGUCUAGAGGUUACCUACCCGACAGGAAGCAUUGGCAUCUUUGUUAGUGUAGUUUGUGAUCACAUUUUGUUUCAUUAUGUCAGGUUUGUUUUUUGCUAUUGAAGCUCUUACAUUUUAUUUGAAAUGAAUGAUAAUGUUAGGACUUUCGUCACAUCUUACAAUUAAAGAAACAACGAGAUUAAACAAGAAAAGAGUGAUUUAGAGAUAAGGAAGAUGAAGGAUAAAGUCCAUUUAUUUAUUCAUCGGUCUUUAUAUUUGUACUGCUUUGUGCAUUAGGCAGUAAAGUGUGUUGUAGGCUGUUACAUGUUAUGAUGAAAGUGUGAAGAAUAAUACGUGUACUUAAGAAAAUUAUUAGCUGCUGAUUUCAGUGUACAUGCAGGUUUGUUAACAAGUACAUGCAUGAAAUGUGUGUAUGCAAAAGAUCAAGAGUACAAAUUCAGAAAUAAAUGCUUAGUAUAAAUAUA